GAAUUCGCCGGGAUUGUACGAACUCAGGCUGUUCAGUAACCGGCUUACCGGCGAGUUACCGAGAAAUCUUGGAAAGAACUCGCCGUUAAGAUGGAUCGACGUUUCAGACAACCAGUUUUCAGGCGAAAUCCCGGAGUAUUUGUGCGAGAAGGGAGAGUUGGAGGAGCUACUGAUGAUUAACAACCAGUUUUCCGGGCUACUUCCGUCGGGUCUAGGUGAGUGCGAGAGUCUGACUCGGGUGAGGUUGGGUUACAAUCGGUUAUCCGGCGAGGUACCGGCCGGAUUUUGGGGGCUACCACAUGUGUAUCUGCUGGAGCUGGUGAGUAACUCGUUCUCUGGAAAGAUUUCUGAUACAAUUGCCACUGCGAGGAACCUUUCGAUUUUCAUUAUCUCUAAGAACAACUUCACCGGAACUAUUCCGGCAGACCUGGGGCAGUUGAAUAAUCUUGUGAAGUUUUUAGCGACUGAUAACAAACUCGACGGAUCGUUACCAGGGAGUCUUGUGAAUCUCAGACACCUUUCGAGUUUGAAUCUUCGAAAUAAUGAACUCUCUGGUGAACUUCCCAGUGGAAUCAAGUCCUGGAAGAAUCUCAACGAACUCAACUUAGCCGACAACGAAUUUACCGGUGAAAUCCCUGAAGAAAUUGGGAACUUGCCCGUUCUUAAUUACCUUGAUCUGUCCGGAAAUCUGUUUUCUGGGGACAUCCCGCUUGGGUUUCAGAAUUUGAAACUCAAUGUGCUCAAUUUAUCAAACAAUCACUUAUCAGGUGAUCUCCCUCCGUUUUUAGCCAAAGAAAACUACAGAAAUAGCUUUUUGGGAAAUCCAGGUAUAUGUGGAAAUUUUGAAAGUUUGUGCAACAGUAAAGGUGAAGCAAAAAGUGAAGGCUAUCUCUGGUUGCUGCGAUCGAUCUUCUUCCUAGCUGGUAUCGUGUUUAUCGUCGGCGUUGUAUGGUUUUACCUCAAAUACAGAAAGUUUAGGAUGGCGAAGAAAGAAAUGGAGAAGGGAAAGUGGACACGGAUGUCCUUCCACAAGUUGGAUUUCAGUGAAUAUGAGAUCUUGGAUUGCCUUGAUGAAGACAACAUCAUAGGCAGUGGAUCUUCUGGUAAAGUUUACAAGGUUGUUCUCAACAAUGGGGAAGCUGUGGCCGUGAAGAAGCUGUUUGGAGGGAUGAGGAAAGAAGGCGAAAAAGGCGAUGUUGAGAAGGGUCAAGUUCAAGACGACGGCUUCGAAGCAGAAAUCGAUACUCUGGGUAAGAUUAGGCACAAGAACAUUGUGAAGUUAUGGUGUUGCUGUAUUACCAGAGACUACAAGCUUUUGGUAUAUGAAUAUAUGUCUAAUGGAAGCUUGGGAGAUCUGCUUCACAGUAGUAAGAAAGGACUGUUAGAUUGGCCUACAAGGUUUAAGAUAGCUUUGGAUGCUGCAGAAGGGCUUUCUUACCUUCACCACGACUGUGUCCCUCCGAUUGUACACCGAGAUGUCAAGUCUAACAAUAUCUUGUUGGAUGGAGAUUUUGGGGCGCGGUUGGCUGAUUUCGGUGUAGCUAAGGUCAUCGAUUCAUCUGGGAAGGGGCCUAAAUCCAUGUCUGUCAUUGCAGGAUCUUGUGGUUACAUCGCCCCUGAGUAUGCUUAUACACUCCGAGUAAACGAGAAGAGCGACAUAUACAGUUUCGGCGUGGUCAUCCUCGAGCUAGUCACCGGGAGGCUCCCAAUCGAUCCUGAGUUUGGGGAGAAAGACUUGGUGAAAUGGGUAUGCUUCACAUUAGAUCAAGACGGGAUUGACAAGGUUAUAGACUCGAAAUUGGAGAGUUGUUUCAAGGAAGAAAUAUGCAGAGUCCUCCAAAUUGGGCUGGUGUGCACCAGCCCUCUCCCCAUCAACCGCCCAUCAAUGAGAAAAGUAGUAAAAAUGCUGCAAGAAGUUGGUGCAGAGAACCAGUUAAAAACCUUCACUAAAGAUGGGAAGUUAACUCCUUACUAUUACGAAGAUGCUUCAGAUCAGGGAAGUGUAGCAUAGAAGAACAGUAAAUCACAGUUUGAUCGCAUUGAAAAAUCUUCCAGUCCAUACAAAAUUUCUCAAGUUUUUCAACUCCCCAUAUUCCCGCUGGUUWGGUUUUUCUUUAAAUGGAAAAGAAAUUCAGGUGAAACAAAAAGGGAAGAAGAUUUCCAUGGCGGAGGACUCUGAGAAGAUGCCAGAAAUAGCAAUAGUUGAGAGCGAUGUGUAUGUAAAUUUGUUUGCUUUGCUGAUGCCGAUUGGUGUUCCUUCUCUUUAUCUAACAUCACUGUAGUGAAAUUUUACAUACCGAAGAAAAUGGUGGUUUUCUUUUUGUUCAGAAACUCUACAGUCUAGAGCAGGAAAUUCUAGUUUUGAUUUAAGAAUUGUGAGAAGAUCCAAAAGAGAAUCUUCAUCAAUUAAUUCCAUGUGAUGCCUGCUCUCGUGGGCUCUGGACCAUGUCUGUUUUGAUCAAUGACAUCAAAAAUAUCAAUAUCGACAAAAGUAGAUAAGUUAAUUUAA